AUGGCAAUCUGUGUCUUCUUCCAGCAAGGCCGUUGCAGAUUCGGCGACAAGUGCAAGAAUGAGCAUCCAGGUCGUUCCACUGUUGGAGGAAACCGUUUUGGAGCACUCAGUGGUGGGGGAUUUGGAAGUAACUACGGUAUUCACGAAAACGACAUCAAGCACGAUCUCAGCGCAGGCAAGGGACGUCCAGAAUGGAUCUUCUCAUGUUACGCACCGCAGCGUGACAUUCCCCGGCAAUUGUUUGGCGGUCCUCAGCGCGAACAAAGUAUGGAAGAGAUGCGCCUUCGUCAUUACGAGGCAGUUGCUGCUGGUAACAUGAACCAGGCCAUUCAAGAAGCCGAGGCUCUGUGGAACGAGUUCAAUCAGCAAAUGAAUGCCGCUCUGAACGAUACCAAAGCCGCGGUCAAAUAUGUUGUGGAUGGUGCGAAUGAACAUCCCAAUCGCCUUGACAUUGUUGCGGGCAAGACUGGCCCUGUUACAAACCAAGGGACCCCAUUGGGUCAGCCAUCAGCAUUUGGUCAGCCCGCUCAUACUUCUACACAACCAUCUGCAUUCGGCCAGCCAGCUUUCGGUCAGGCUGCUCAGCCUACCGCCCAGCCAUCUCCAUUCGGUCAGCCAGCUUUCGGUCAACCCUCUCAGCCCAGCACACAGCAGUCGGCGUUCGGCAAGCCAGGUUUUGGCCAACCAGGUUUUGGUCAGCCUGCUCAACCCACUGGGCAGCCAUCGCCGUUCGGCCAGCCCGCUUUUGGCCAGCCCUCCCAACCUAACGCGCAGCCAUCGGCUUUCGGCCAGCCAGCCUUUGGCCAACCUUCUCAACCUUCCGUACAACCGUCUCCAUUCGGCCAGCCAGCUUUCGGUCAACCCUCUCAACCCAAUGCGCAACCAUCUCCAUUCGGCAAGCCAGCUUUUGGCCAGCCCUCUCAACCCACUGGACAGCCAUCGGCUUUCGGCCAGCCAGCCUUUGGUCAGCCUUCGCAACCCAACGCACAGCCUUCAGCAUUUGGCCAGCCAGCCUUUGGUCAGCCUUCGCAACCCAACACACAGCCUUCAGCAUUUGGCAAACCAGCAUUCGGUCAACCCUCUCAAUCCAACGCGCAACCAUCGGCAUUCGGUCAGCCAGCGUUCGGCCAGCCCUCUCAGCCUUCCACACAGCCAUCGGCAUUCGGUCAGCCAGCGUUCGGCCAGCCCUCUCAGCCUUCCACACAGCCAUCGGCAUUCGGUCAGCCAGCAUUCGGCCAGGCCACUCAGCCUUCAGCCCCAGCAGCAGGAGCGGCAUCAGCAGCCCCCUCGAACAUACAUUCUGGUCCUCGUCCCUUCAUCAAAAUCGACGAUCCCUCCCAGUUAAAUCCCUUCCCACCUCUGCAGGGAGAGACCAGAUAUAACCCUGCAUCCAAGACUUUGACGAUGUGGAAAGGCCGUCCGGUUCAGCAAGUCCAAGUCGCGGACGGAAAUCUUCGUCCGGUCUAUCUGCAUCCCCAGGACAACAAGACCCUGGUCCGCGUCAUGUUCCCGGAUGGACCGCCUGACGCCGCCUCUCUUCGCGAUGCCGAGGGAAAACCCGAAGAAUACACGCCCGAGAUCGAGGAAGCAUACAAGUUCUUCAUUGAGAAUGGUUAUUUCAAGGAUGGUGUCCUCCCCUCGGUGCCUCCGAAGCGGGAGUGGGUCAGCUUUGACUUUUGA